AUGCUGCGCGCAUUUGACAUGCCGCUGGACCUAGCACCCUUCUUACGCUUCACUGCCACCAAUAUAUUCUUCCUCGAGAAUAAGGACCAUCAGCUAGGUUGGUCAAAGAUCGAAAUCAAGGCCAAGGUAGAUUCCUUGCUCGCCAAUCUCCAGCCCUUUCUAGUCGACGAGAAGACUAUUCGAGAUGCUUUCAUAGAGCAGGAGUUACAGCGAGAUACUCGUCCCGUUCACUUGUGCGAAGAUGGAAAACGACGCCAUCCGUUGACACCUUCUCUUGAUGCCUUUACCGCGGUUUUCCCUGGAGCAGACGGCAGGACUGCUUACCAUCAUGAAGAUAACAUCGUUCCAUGCUGCGAUGCCGUCAACCGCAUCAUGCGUCAUUAUGAGAAGCCACUUUUGCGAGCUAUGUCGACAAUGGUCCUUGCCACAGGGGAUGAUUCAAUUGAUCGUCGUCUGUACGAGCGAGCCUUGUUGCUUUGGCGGGACUGUCUGAAGAACAGCUACGAGAUGGGCACCUUUUCCGAAGUAAAACACAAUCAGCGAAUCAACAAACCUCUCCCGGCAAACAUGCCCGCAAUUAUGGAAGCAUUACGCAGCGGUAAACCGCUUUUACCACGAACGACGAAGCCAAGCACAGUGUUUCGGAUGACCAAAAAGGGUUUGGUGGAGAACCCCCCUCUUAACUGGAAAUUCCCUGACCACGGAUACAUCAUGAAGAACAUUUUCUCCGCCGCCGGAGAAUAUGGCCUUGACAACGAAGAACUCCGGAGACUGUGGCUGCGGAACGAUACCUUUUGCCCCUUUGCCUUGGACUCCGUGUUGCCUGACGACUACAACGAUGGUACAGUCUGGGACAUCUUCUAUGCCAAGUUUCAGCUCAUGAGGAACCACUGUGAUUGGCGCGAGAAGGACAAUCCGCACCGCGAGAGUGCUGAAAUAGGAGAACUCAUGAUCGCCGUGGCUCACUUGUGGUUCCAAAAUAUCAGACGAGACCUCCAUCAUGGUGUGCCUAUCGAUCGUUGUGGUCGUGACGAGCUUGGCUUAAUCCCACAUCCAACAAUUAGGUGGCUUCUCUCGUGCUCUGUUGGACAUCGCCAUCACUCCGCAGCGAUGACCCUUGGCAUUUCGAACUGGGAUCCUGCCGGAGGCAUCUUGUGUUCGUUCGACUAUGACAAAUGCAAUAUCUGCUGGGAGACAUGUGCUUGCAAUUAUGUCAAGUUUUGUUACAAUGAGAAGUAUUAUCCGGUCAUUUUUGGCUUGUUACAGAAGGUUCGCAAGCAGUCACUCGCAGGAAUUGCCCCUUCAUUUCACCUGGCCGAGCUUCCCAACCGCGAACUGGAGACAGAGUACCUACCAACCCUGGAAAUCGUCGAGCUAGGUGAUGAAGGCCCAGAGGAGUAUGUGGAUGUUAUUGACAUUGAACCCGCGUUCGUUGCAGUACAUGAAGACGAGUCGUAUCAAAUUGACUCAUCCGCGCUCGAUACACAUUCUGAGCUUCUCAUAGAUGUCAACGCUGAAGACAUCGGGUUUGUUCCGGGAUACACUGAUCUACGUGAUUACGGACUUGACGGAAGUGACCAACAACAAAUCCUGGAUGAAAUCGCAGACGCUCCCGCCGCCCAGGGAUUGGAUGUAGAAGCAUUCCAAGCGCUGACGGACGAGGCCACUGCACACAUCGACCCAGAGGCGCCUGGCAGUUCUGGCUUUGCACGGGUGCUGAAUAUUCUCAGACAAUACUACAAGACCGACGGCUCCUAUGAGUAUGCGAGAAUAGCGAAUAGCCUUCUCCAACAUCUUGGAAUGCACCAACAUACGAUGUUGCAGUCAGCGCACGGGACGAGCUUCUGGACACUAUUUCAACGGCCAUGUCAUCCGCAGAGCUAG